AAAUAUAAGCAAGGCUAUGCAAGCUAACGGCAUAACAGGGAGCAUAAUCUUAAAUCCAAAUGGAGAGGGGCAAAGCUCGACUGGAAACAACAUUUCAAGGAAGACUUUCCCCUAUUUUGAGAUGGGAGAUUGCUUCGUAGGCAUGGAGGAUGAGCUGAAGCUGCUUGUUCAUCACCUAGGGAAAGACACCAAGGAUCGUAUUAUAUCAGUGUGGGGAAUGGGUGGUUCAGGCAAGACCGCCAUUGCCAAGAAGCUCUACAAGGAGACCACCGCCUUUGAUCUCUUCGCAUGGGUUUGCAUUACUGAGCAAUGUGAGAGACGAUCGGUUUGGGAUGAUGUUUUGAGGCAACUAGAGAUUCAGAAUAAGAAGAAGAACAAUAAGAAGAAUAAGAAGGGUGUUUCAAGUCUGAACGAUGAGCUACGAAUAAGGGAGGAGGUUCCGAGUCUAAAGGACUCAGAGUUGAUUGAGAGACUACAUGAGAUACAAAGUAAAAAGCGAUGUCUCAUUGUUUUGGAUGAUGUUUGGGAACUUUCUCAUUGGGAUGAGUUGAAGCAGCCGUUCAUUGCCCAAGAUUCACAAAGCAAAAUAUUGGUGACAACACGGAAACUAAAAGUUGCAGAGAAUGGAUUGGCAGUGAAACAUGGGCUUUUACCUAUGGAUGCUGCUUUGGAACUACUUAAAAACAAAGCAUUUCAGCAUGGAAACAUUCCAGACUUUGCAUUGGAAGAAAGAUUUGAGAAUAUUGGGAAAGAAAUGGUGCACAAAUGUGGGUAUUUGCCACUGGCAAUUUGUCUACUUGGCGGGGUAUUGAGAAAGAAAAAUUCGAUGGAUGAGUGGGAAUUAGUCAACAAGGAUAUCAAAAAAGUCAUGUAUAGAGAUGAAAAGCAGAUUGAUGGAGUGCUAAAUUUAAGCUAUGAAAAUCUACCGUAUUAUUUGAAGCCUUGCUUUCUGUAUAUGGGUAUUUUCAACAAGGACGAAACCAUAUAUACUUGGCGUCUAUAUGAGAUGUGGAUAGCACAAGGCAUGAUUUCAUACGAGAAUAUUGGAGACAAGGAGGAGGAAACUUUAAUGGACAUUGCUGAGAUGUACUUAAGUGAGUUGGCCUCUAGUUCUCUAGUUGAAGUUACAAUUCAUUAUUCUUAUGAUGUUGCUAAUAGAACUAGAAAAUAUGAUAAAUGCAAACUUCAUGAUGUAGUUCGAGAACUAUGUUUGAAUUUGGGAAAAAGGGAGGAUUUUGGUUUGCUAAGGUUGGAGUAUCAGAGUGGGAAACUUAGUACCUCACUUGAGGAAGUUUCCUCGUAUAUGACAAUACGACAUUUGGUUAUCCAUUUCAGAAGUGAAGUUGAGCACGAGCAGACAGCCGCUCGUAAAGAUGUUAGCAAGGAUAUAAGGUCUCUUCAAUUAAACAAUCUCAUAGAAUCAAAAGUUGUUGAGUUCCCCCGAAGUAUAGUUGAUUUUCAGAAAUUCAAAUUGCUAAGAGAUCUAGUUAUAGUUAGAUUCAAAUUUAAAGGAGGGAAGUUACCAAGUGGAAUCACUAAACUUGUUCACCUUAGACGUUUGUGUUUAGAAGAAUGUGAACUUGAUAAGCUACCAUCAUCCAUUAUGAAUUUGGUAUAUAUGGAUACCCUUGAUUUAUUAUACUCAAGGAAUGUUGAAGUUCCAGCUGUUUUUAAGGAUAUGUUCCGAUUAAAACACUUGACUUUUCCUUACUAUGAAGAUGAAAAGGUUGGAAAUUAUGAAGCAAGGUUGGAUGAGGGAUUAGAUGGGCUGGAGAGUCUACAUUCCUUAGAUAGCAGAUAUCAUGAAUUUAAAUGUAUGGAUAGAAUGAUGAAUCUUCGACGUUGUGCAGCAACAGUACACAAUAAAGAAAGCUUGUUAGAUAUCAUGAAUACCAUUAAGAACAUGAACAAGAUAGUGUUUUGUCAAGUUUUCAUUGAAAGCAGUUGCGACGUAACAAGUGAGCGAAUGCUGGAGAAGGCUUUGACAUGCCCCAAUCUUCAUGACUUGAUGAGUUGGUCUAAGUUAGGGAAGGCGCUAGCAGAGUGCGAAAGUGACUUGAUGAGCUCGAAACUUAGGUUUUUGGAUCUGUUUAAUUCUGUGAUUGAGGAUGAUCCAAUGGGGAUACUGGGAAAGCUUCCUUGCUUGAUAAGGUUAGGAUUAUACUGGGAAUCAUUUGUUGGGGAGGAGAUGAGGUGUCCAGUAAAUAGUUUUCCUCGCCUCAAGAGGCUAGUGUUAAGAGGUUUACCAAAGUUGAGGGAGUUUAGAGUGGAGGCAGGAGCCAUGCCCCGUCUCUUCAAAUUAACAAUCGGAGAGUGUUCUUGUCUGGAGAUGGUUCCAGAUGGAUUGAGUGCCAUUUUUUCCCUUCAAAGACUUGUAAUUAAACAAAUGCCAGAAUUGAGAGAAAGGGUAUCACCAUCGGGACAGGAUUACCACAAAGUCCGCCAUGUCACUUCAAUUCGUAUCAAGCACUAGUCUUCACCCAGGUUGAGUAUUGAUUCUCUGGAAAAUAACUGACUAUCACAAAAGGUAUGGUGCUCGAAGAAAACAAUUUAUCUUUCUCUAAAGUAUAUUUGUGUUUGAAUUGAAAUUGGUGGUAUGUAAUAACUUAAUUAUUGAAUGUGAAGAAUUGUACUAUAAUUGUGUUUGGGUUGAGUUUGAUUUGUAUCGGAUUGUUUGAUUAAACUUUGUUUAAUGUUGAUCAUUUUACA